AUGAGGAUUAAUUACCACAGAAUAGAAAUGGCUAUUGCAUUAGAAUUAUCAGUGGAAUUAACAGAGUAUGGAACAUUCUUAAGAACAAAAAUAUUACAACAAGGAAACAAUUAUAACAAUCAAAAGUUAAAAUAUCCUAUAUACUUUAAAGUAUCAAUCACAAAAGAACAACAUAAUAAGAUACUUGCAAAUAUUAACAAUAUGACAUACAACAUAAAUAUUCAAAAAUUACAGGAAAAUGAUAAUACUAGAAAAAUAAUAAAACAAAUUCUAAAAGAAAAUGAAUAUACAUUAAAAGGAUUAACAACAAAAUUAGAACUUGGAAUAACAUUCAAGGAAGAAUUAGGAAUG